UUGCAUUUUUCGUUUGUCAGUUUUAGGACGCAACAGGACGUCGUCGUCGUCGGAGCAGAGUGAUCUCCGGAAGUCGCGUUCAUCAGCCCACUUGUUGGAGCAUUGUUUUGGACAACAUGGCCCAGAUGAGACUGUUCAAAAUCGUCGGCUAUGUGUACGCGAUCCUUAAUAUUAUUGUGGCCAUCAGUGUCGCGAUUCGUUGUCUGGGAUCGUUUGGAAGUGAAUAUGAAAAUAACACGGUGCUGGCGCUGAAGUCGAUUUUCGCUUUGUUUUGCUCUGCUUUCGCAAUCAUGUUGGUGAUUGGCAUCAAAAAGGAAAAACUUGAAUACAUCAUCGUUUACAGGAUUUUCGUGCUUUUCCGUAGCACGUGUGGCAUGGUUUACAUGAUCAUCUACCAGCUGAUCGUGAUUGUGGAUAAUGCUAACUCUGCGAGUACGUUUGCUGUGGUGUUGAGCGUUCUGACGCUGAUCCUGGCCAUGGCAUUGUUUAUAGGACUCGUUACCGUUGAGCUGUGGGUUCUGACUGGUAUCAAAAACUUUGUUGAACUGCCUGAGACGAUUGUGAAAAUUCCUGCUGUGACUCCAGUUUGAAUAUUAUAAUAAUUAUUGCAUUAUUCUCAGUGGAAUCCCAUUAUCACAAUAAACAUCUUUUAUAUAACAUAA